GCGAGGAGUUGACGAUCAGGAUUCAGAGCUCGCACAGGUAGGUUACUGAAAGUGGGAAUGAGAAACAUGUUUGUGCUAACCGAAGCUCCCAAGGGAGUUCUAUCUGGCAGAAGAUCUUCCUUAUCGCCUCUUACACGUUUCCCAAACCCACCUCCCUUCUCUAAUCCCAAACCAAGCUUUGCUUCUAGAAACCUAAGAGGAAACCUAAAUCUAGCUGUGACAAAUGCUGAGGGAGGUGGCGACUCAGCUUCUGCUUCAAAGCAUACUUUACGGACCUCCACAACUCGUUCGUCUCCUGAAGAAACCCUUUUCGUCGGCGGGGAAACCGUUCCUUUGGAAGGUGUGAUUCGGUUCGACAAACCCCAUGCGUUUUCGCAAUUGAAAAAAUGGGGUCUUGUUGCUCUGCUUGCUGGCGGGGAUGUUUUGGCUUUACUUUUGUUCGCCGCUAUUGGAAGAUUCAACCACGGGUUUCCAGUUCUUGACAUCGAGACUUUGCGUACAGCAGACCCUUUUAUUGGGGGAUGGUUUUUAAGUGCUUAUUUCCUUGGGGGUUAUGGAGACGACGGCAGAGGAAUGAACGGUAUGUCGAAAGCUGUUAUUGCAGCAGCCAAGUCGUGGGCAUUGGGAAUACCGUUGGGAUUGGUCAUAAGGGCUGCAACAUCAGGUCAUAUUCCACGAGCUAGCUUUGCGUUGGUUACUGUGGGAAGCACUGUGGUCUUGUUGGUUGGAUGGAGAGUGCUUUUGUUCACCAUUCUCCCUAGUAAGAGCCAGGAGAAUGAAGUGUACAAGCGUGGGAACCCAUUUGAACUUUUUGAGUUACUCACGUCAUUAGUACGAAGAUGGUGAUAGUGUCAUUGCUCAUCAGCUUGCACCAAGAUUAUCUCUCUGAAUGUGAAUGUUCCUUUGUACCAGGUAAAAGAAACCCCUUUGUAUGUAAUUCUUCUGUUUCAUGAGUAAAUUGCUUUGAGGCAAUCGUAAACUGCAGCAAUGCCAAUUUAUUUAUGAAGUUAUGUACU